AAUGCAUGUUGGGAAAUCUCAUCCCAUCAUGGCGGAUCGGUUUCUUUGCUAACGUUAUCAUAUGCAGCGAUUGUUUGGACGCGCACAUUGUUGAAGCACCGUCACCUGGAAUUGUAUUUAACGAUACUGCAACUACGAAUCAUUAUUUGGUGUGUCUUUUUCCAUCUCCAGUGUUGAUUGUGGAAGCAACAAGACAUUGUCAAUAAGAAGGUCUUAAACGAAAUCAGGGACAUCUGCGCAAUGGAGUGUGCAGUGGACAUCCCAUCAGGGGAGGAUGAGGCACUUGAUAAAGAUGACAUCAAUGCCAAGGAAGAAAAUGAGCCACCCCAUAAGAAAAACAAGAAACACAGAAAACACAAGAGCAAAAAGAAGAAGAAGAAGAGGAAGGGAGAAAAGGAGAGCAGUUCAGAAUCUGCCGCCGAGUCCGAUGUAGAACCGCCAACUCUGGCAAGACCUGUGCGGACUACCAGAGCCAGUGCCAGACUGGCAGCUUCUGGAGCUGGAGAUCCCAUUGUACUAAAGGAGGAGAGUAAAAGGAAUGUAAUAACAGAUCGUAUGGACACAGAGGGAGAUGCAAAGUCUAAAAAACACAAAAGGCAUGCUGCCAAGAAGAAGAAAAAGAAAAAGAAGAAGGAUGAAAAGCAUGAAAAGAAAUCCCCAUCUCACUCAGCAUCUGAAAGCAGCUCAGCUUCAGUUUCUGAGUCCGAAGGUGAAGGAGGCCAAGGAGCUGGUGACGGUAAAUACUCUCCAGCUGCAGCAUCUGACCUGCAAGAACCUGUUUCUAAAGUGGUUUCAAAAAGCAAACGAGGUGAUGAGAAGGGGAUUCCCAUGGUCAUGCAGACACCUGAGCUGCUUGGAAUGAAGAAAGAGGAGAUUGCAAAUGUAGAUGUAUCCCCAACUGGAGGCAAGGGCAGUAACACCAAUGGAUCAGAAAAUGAUAGGAGGUCGCCCUCUGCUGACCAGGAUGACAUGAAUUUGACAGAGCCAGUUAGGGUCAAAACAGAGGGUAGCCAUGGAGAUGGUGCAUUCAGUCAUGCUCAGGAACUACCCGACAUCAUCCCUAAACAAGAAGGUGCUACCUCAAGAGAUGACUUAGGCCUGAAAGAUCAGGCCAAUUCACUUCAGAGGGCAACGGUCAAGGAAAACGAUACACCCAAGUCCACUUCUCCUUCCCCUCCCAGUGGCCCAGACAUUAAGAGGUCCAGGUCAAGCCAUAGUCGAUCACCAACACCUAGUCCAGUUAGACAGCAGUCUAGUGAUCAGACAGCAGCUACAACAAAAGAACAGACAGGAACCCUUUCCAGGUCAACUUCUAUGGGAAAACGGUCUAUAACUCCUUUAAAGAGCCAGCAGAUGUCUGGCUCUCAGUCUAGAAGGAAGUCACUCUCCCCAUCGCCAAAGAGAGCUAGCUGUCGGUCCCGAUCCAUUUCUCGCUCUCUCACACCCAAGAAGAAGGUGUCAAAUUCUCCGAGGAAGUCCAGGUCUCCUAAGCGUCACAAAAAUUCCCCAUCUGUUUCCCCAAAGCGAUGUCGGAGUUCCCCGUCUCCUAAGAGAAAGGUGUCGCGAUCUCCUAAACGUGGUGGCCGCAGGUCCCCCUCUAUAUCUCGGUCUCCAAGAAGAAGUCGUAGGUCGGAGUCACGUUCCCGUGGAGGCACAAGAAGCUCCAGGACCCACUCACCGAAACGAGUUGGUGCAGUUGGCAGGCGUUCACGCUCACGUUCCAUCAAUAGAGCACGCCGUUCCCGCUCUAGAUCUAGAAGGCCUGUUCGUCGAUCCAGGUCACGGGCGUCAGUAAGACGGGCAGGAGGCAGGCGCUCGAGGAGUCGAUCCUUGUCUCGGCGUAGAAGGUCACCACCCCCCAGAUCCCGUCGCUCACGCUCCCGAUCAAUUCGUAGGAGCAGGAGGACUCGAUCACGGUCCAUUGGGAUCUCUAAGCGCAACCGUCGCUCCAGAUCCAGAACUCCCCGCAAACGGACCAAAUCCAGAACCCCACCCCCCCGACGGAGGUCUAAAUCCAGGUCACCAGUCAGAAGGCGAUCUCGAACCCCUGUCAGAAGAACGCGCUCUCCAAGGCCUUGCAAACGCUCUAAAUCCCGCUCACUGCCUCGAAGGCACCGGUCAAAGUCAUGCUCACCACAUGGUAAGAAGAGAUCUAAAUCUCCCAUAAAGAUUGGAAGAAGGUCCAAGUCUAAAUCCAUCUCUGCGGGCUUGAACAGAUCCAGGUCUGAGUCAAGUGAUGGGAAGUCUGAAAGCUCCUCCCCAGCAAGAUCUGCUUCUUCUUCACCUGUAAAAGAGACGAUUCCCCUUUCUCCCAAGGAAAAGGAGACAGCUGGAGAAAGUGGAGGAAUUUCUGCUGCAACAGGUAGUUGGAAACCCAUGCCAUCUGUUGAUGUGUCCAGUGACCAAGCAGGGAGCUCCUCAAAUAAAAUUCUGGAGCAGCUUUCGCCCAACCAUGACAUGGUGCAGAGGGAGCCAACUAGCUCAUCUAAUGAACAAGAUGUUCCCGGGUCCAGGUCUGGUUCCCAAGAGCCUAACCCGGAUGGUUCAGACUGUUCUGGGGGUUCAGGUGAAGAAGGGGACCCCUCCUCUCCAGUUAAAAGUAUAUCGAAACGCCAUAGCAGCUCCUCAGUUUCAGCAUCUCCAGAAGUGCAGAAGAAGCAGCUGUCCAAGUCACGGUCACCUAUGGAUCGCAGGAAACUUUCCCGCUCAACUUCAUCGCCUCGGCGAUCAACAUCAAAAUCAAAAUCUAGAAGGAAGCAAUCCAGGUCCAAGUCUCCUUUGAGAAAAAGAGAAUCUGUCUCUCCAUCAGAAAGGAAGAAAAGACGGUCUAAAUCUCCUGCCCGAAGGCGGCGGUCACGCUCUACUGCAAGACGUAAACAGUCGCACUCCAAGUCACGAACCAAAGUCCGUCGGUCCAAGUCUCGGAGUCCAACCCGGAAGAGACGAUCCCGAACCCGUUCACCAAACACGCGAGUGAGGAGAAGGUCAAAGUCCACAGACAGGAACAAGCGUUCCAAGAGCCGCUCCACAGGCCGAAGGAAAAGGUCCAGGUCAGGAGAUCGAAGCAGGCGGUCUAGAUCUCGUUCUCCUGAUCGCAGGCGCAGGUCCAGGUCGAGGGGUCGAGGGAGGCGUCCAGUGUUUCGUAGCCGUUCAUUUGAUAGAAGAGACAGGUGGAAGAGGGAACCCAGCCAUUCUCCAGUUCUUAUUCUUCGUAAACAGCGUCGCUCAGGGUCACGGACACGGCGCAGCACCAGCAAAACUCCACCGCGGCUCACAGAACUGGAUAAGGACCAGCUGCUGGAGAUAGCUAAAGCUAAUGCUGCUGCCAUGUGUGCUAAAGCGGGGGUUCCCAUUCCUGAGAGUCUUCGGCCAAAAGCCAUCCUCCAGCUCCCUCUACCCACCCCAUCUCCUACCCCCCUCUCCUUACCUCUACCUUUACCACUCCCAAUGGGCAUGGGGAUGCCCAAUAUGCCGAAUAUGCCCAACUUGGGUCCAAUGGGGUUACCCAGUAUUCCGGGAAUGCCCAGCAUGUCUAACAUGACCAUGAGUGCUGCUAUGGCAAGUAUGACGGCAGCUACCAUGACCGCUGCCUUGACCAACAUGGGUGCCCUGGCGGCCAUGCCCCCCCUUGCUCCACUUCCUACUAUCACUAACAAGCCUCCACCAUGCCUCGCUCCACCAGCGCCAACCCUUAACCUGGACCACAUCGAGGAAGCAAAGAGGAAGGUCACUCAGCAGGCUAACAUACACACCAUCAAGGAGCUAACUGAGAAAUGUAAGAUGAUUGCAAAUAGCAAGGAGGAGAUGGCCAUUGCUAAACCCCAUGUCUCGGAUGAUGAAAGUUAAAAGCACCAAGCCCUUAUGCCACUCCCAGCAAAGGACUGAAGGAAAAUGUAAAAAUAUAAUGCUUUACAGGAGGACUUACCUCCACAGUUACCUUUGGCAACCAGAUAAACCACCGUGAAGAAGAGGAAGAUCACCCUAGUCAUCAUAGUUAUUUUAGCGGAACACUGGCACAAGCCACUGCCCCCACUCAUCUCCCUAGUUUAUUUCUGCUUGUGUGAGAGAGCGAGAGACUGGCAGACUAACCUGUGAUACCACUGAGAAAAACUGGACAGGCUGACGUGUGCUCAGUUUUAUGGCUGUACAGCCGGUCUGUGUACGUGUGUAUAUAUCGACUUUGACUACCAACCCCUCAGUGUUGCUGCUUGUUUAAGCAGUUCUUGUUGCUGAAGAGGAAAAACACCAAACUAACUAGUGGCUCAAGUGUUUUUGUAAAAGAUUAGUUUCUCUCAACUGGUUUUACUUUUAUGCUUUUAUGCUGAGGAUUUCAUUGAGUGGAGAUUGCUGUCUUGUUCUGCUGUAUUCUCUUGGUUACCUUUAGUCCCUAUUUUUACUAAUAAAUAAAGCAGACAUUGUUUUGGUAGGUCCAAACUUGCUAUUUGUUUUCAUGAGUCUUGGUCUCCAGGACUAAUGACGGUUGACGUGUUCUGGAACAAGAGGCUGUAUCUGAUAUUGAUACAGGUUAAUAAAUCAAUACAUUGACUUAAAAAUGAUUGAAUUCUGGCGAUAACAAAUAUGACCACAUCCAUCGCAAACACAUUGGUUAGUCCUGACCUGGGUGUUGAUUCACCAUACUAAUUGCCAACUUUAUACCGGUCUUUCAUAUGGGCUCUUUUGGGAUUUCUUUACACUAUUAAAUGAUUUGCUGUAGAUUUAAAACAUGCGUCGUUCUGUGUUUUGCCAAACGCCAUAUAAUAUUUAAGAUGCACAGAAACCAUACCUUAUAUUAGUGGCAGGCCGUAGGGCCAUUUACAACUUGAACAAAAAUUUUGAAGCCUGUUAAAAUGGUUUAUCCGGAUUUAUUUCUCUAUUUCUCUGAAAGGAGGUAAACAUUUCUGUUGUACUGUGUGACAAAGUAAAAGAUCAGAAACUGGUGCUAAGUACACUUGACGAUAUGUUUGUCUUUUAGUUGAGCCGUUUACCUAUUACAGAGUUUUCAUCAGUGUCAUUUUAGAGAAACAUGAAGAACACGAUGGUAUUACAAUAAGGAAUGAAAAGUUCCUAGGCUUGAAUGUGGAAAGGUGAGUGUGUUAUGAUCUGUGACGCUGUUGUGUUGGACAAUCUAAUUCUUUGUCUCAAGUUGUUGUAUUCAUUUCAUUAUCUUUUUUUUUUUUUUUAGAAUUGCUACUUUAAGAAAUCUGAUCAUGCAGCUCCAUAUUAAGGUGGGGAAUAGAUAAUUACUAUAGAAAGUAAAACGCCUAUUAACUACUAUGAGACAAAAUCCAAAAGCUUUUUUCAUUUAGAUAUUGAUUGUAAUUUCACUGAUCGUCAAUAUCUUGGUUAUAUAGUGUUUUCCUGGCCUGUAUUAGAUGAAUUUGUUACAGGACCCAUGCUUCCUUAUUAACAUUUGUUCCAUUGGAUAAGUUGGUGAGAAACUGCCAGAAAUAACAGAUUUUGGGUUUUUGAAGAAUCUUACACUCGUAACUCCAAUUUAUUUUUCAUCAGUAAGGUAGAUACCUUUGGUUUCAUUAUCCCCAUGUCAUUUUUCUAUAUCCAGGGCUGUUAAACUGUGGGAGGAGAACUUUGACGGCUCUGUCAUCCUGUACCUAUCUUUACUCUGUACAACACAUGUUGGACUGUUUUAAUGACAAAAAAAAGAAGAAAAUGCAUUUUAGGAUUAAUUUUUGGUCAUUUAAAUGGCAUUGCUUGCUUUGUACAUAUAUGUGUUAACAGUUAUUAAAAACCUCAAUGAUCUCUAA